AAUCAAAACAAAGAAAACGAACAAGAAAAAGAUAAGUCUUUCAAUUUGUGAAUUCAAAUUUUGCAAUACUAAAAAAAAGGAUUAUUAUAUUCCUUAUUCUCUGUUUAUACAGGAGCAGUGUAUGAGCUUUGAAUAUUGCAGAAAAAUUAGGGUAAAAAACUUCCUCUCUCUCACUCUAUCUUGCAUGAAAUCAGGGUUAACUUUGCGUGUGAUGGUAAUGAAGAGAAUUGGGUCUUUAAUGGCUUCAAUAGCUUCGGCCUCUGCUAUAGCCGUCGCUGAAUUUUCUGAGGAGUCUUUCUGGAGAUUUUCCGGUGAGUUUCCCAACUCAAUGAAGUCUUGUUCUCAACUUUCCGCCCAUUCUGGCAAGUCUUUGUCUCCGGCUUCAGGUGAGGAGGCAUUAUGGAAGAACAUGACGCAUGGUGAUUCGAGCGAACCGCAGCCGUCUCAUAAGUUUGCUCCGAGAUUUGACGGCCUGAGAUUCAUUGAGACUUUGGUGACUGCACAUAGAUGAAGCCGUCUGAUAAGUUUGCUCCGAGAUUUGACGGCCUGAGAUUCAUUGAGACUUUGACUGCACAUAGAUUUGACGGCCUGAGAUCCAUUAUAAUGUUUUGGGUACUUUUUCUGUUUCGUUAUUGACAAUGUUGUCAUUACUGAUAUUUUAUGUCCAAAAUAGGAUGAUAAUUCUUUGUAAAUAGCAUAUCUAUGGAAAAAGUUUAUAUAAGGUUGCAACCUUAAAAUACA